CAUCGCGAAUGGCCUGAAAAGUGAUUGUUGGAUUUUUUCCAUUUUAAUUGGUUAAUUGUCGUGACAUCAACUUUGAACGAACGAAAAAAAAAACGCAAAGGGCAACAUAAACCGGUUCUCAGGAAUUUAUUAUUAUCAAACUGCGUGAAAGUGACGUAAUGUCGCAUUAGUGCUUGUUCAGUGUUCGAAAACAAAUAAAUCAGUCAGUAGUCAAUGUCAAAAAUGUCCAAUACAGCGGAUACCGACAGCAAACAUGUUGAAAUUACCAUCGAUAAUCACGAGGAAGGACACGACGAAGAAUCCACUACCGAUAAAGAGCCAAUCACACCGAUUGUUGCGGAGGCGAUAAACCAGCCCAAAGAUGGUAGACGAUCGCCAAGGGCCAACACGGAUAACAGAGGUCGUCAGUUGGAUCCCGAAGCAACGGGCGGGCGCAACAGCAGAUCAGGCAGUCGAUCACCCAAUCGUCGGGUUCGACGUGACGCGGAUUCCGCACGGAACGAUGCGAUUCCACUGCUCCCUUCGGACGAGGGUCGUUUGCCGAGACAACAGCCCCCGUUGGCUGGCCCCGAAAUGGAUGACGAUGGGCCGGACGAUGAUCGACGGACCAGACCGAACAACAAUCGAGGGAUCGAUGACGGUUUCCUGGAUUUGGAUGGUGGCGGUGGUGUGCCAGCGACUAGGAAUCCAGGUCGCGGAAACAACAACCCUCAACCAUUCCCGUAUGGUCCCGACUACGGACCUGAUGGAAAUCCGAUUAUUACAACAACAACCGGCACACGGGUCAUCCCGGACGUCAAUGUAUAUCAGCAGAAAAAGAAUCUCGCACAGGGAAUGAUGGAUUUGGCUCUGCUCUCGGCAAAUGCUAACCAGUUGCGCUACGUGCUUGAGUCGUACUCUCGUCAUCCCUACUUCUACUUUAGUCUGGUUUUCAUUUCCACCAGCAUAAUCUGUCAAGUGGCGGUCGGCAUUGGACUUAUAUGGAAAAGUCGAUACAAUAUAAAAAAUCAGGAUCAAUUUUGUAAAGCUGAUCGAAUCAACAAUAUGGUCACGAUAGGUAUCUUUCUCAUUACGCUGGUAAAUGUUCUUAUCUCGGCAUUUGGAGUUGCUGAACCACCUAGGGCGGCGUAG